AAGGGUGUGAGUGAGUGAUGGAGAGUGUGAGACAUGGGAAUAGGGUGUGAGGUUAGUUCGAAAGAGACGGAGACGAAGUAAGCGGUGAAAUUAUAAAGAAAGGGUUUUGUUUGGUUUUCGCUUUAUACGAGUCGUAGGCGCAGCAAGCACCAGCAAAAGGCAAAUCAGAGACUAUGUCGGAGUUAUUACAUUAUUUGGGUAGCAUCGGCGCUAUUGAUUUCGGCAUCCAGUGGGCCGUGUGGUCAAUUUCGGCAGCUUUGCGAACUGAGAAGUUUUACGAUUGUACAGGUCUUUCAACAUUUUUCCUCUUGGCUUGCGUGAGUUUGAAAUGGGGCAAAUCUAUGUUUGUCAGACAGAAGGUCCAGACUGGAAUGGUGUGUGUGUGGGCAACACGGCUUGGUGUGUUCCUGGUCAGGAGGAUAAUGAUGGCAGGAUCCGACUCCCGUUUUGAUAAAGUCAAAAGAAAACCAAUAAAAUUCUUGAUAUACUGGACAAUACAAGGUGUCUGGAUUCUGGUUACUUUGAUGCCAACUUUAAUUCUGAAUUAUAAAACUGUUGACAAACCUCUUGGACAUCAAGACUAUGCUGGCUGGACAUUAUGGGUAAUUGGGUUUUUGUUUGAAUCCAUCGCAGACUACCAGAAAUCUAAAUUCCGAGCAAAACCAUCAAACAAGGGCAAAUAUAUCCGGAGUGGACUUUGGAGCAUAUCACGGCACCCAAAUUAUUUUGGAGAAAUUCUGUUGUGGCUUGGGUUGUACACAACUGCACAAAAUACUAUGGAAGGGUAUGAAAACUUGAGCGUUUUCUCCCCAAUAUUUGUGGCCUUUCUGCUCAUAAAAGUGAGUGGUAUUCCCCUUUUAGAGAAAUCAGCAUUUGAGAGAUGGGGCACGAGCCCUUCAUAUGUGGAUUACGUUCAAUCCACAGCUAAGUUGAUACCAUUUAUUUGGUAGAUUUUUUUUUAGGCAUCUUUUUUCUUUCUGUCAGAUAUUAUAUGUAAACUAGAUGACGGUGACCCGCUCUACGUGCAGGUGAGGUUGUGGUUGUUACUUUCUGUUUCUUAUCGCCACAUUCUUCCUCUUUGUUUCUCUAUCCCUCCUUAUUUUCCCACUCUCUUACUCUUCCCUUCUUUGUUACGGUGCUCACGUUUUAAUAGGUUUCUUUACAUAUGAAAACUGUUAAUUUUAAAAGGCGUAUUGCAGUUUGUUGAUUUUUUACCUAAUUUUUUUAUCCGCUUUCAACACAUGGAGUAAUCAGUAUGAUAUUUUCUAUUUGUUAUUUUAAUUACUUUUUUAAUGGUACCAAAGUUUUAAUGGGUUUGUUUUCAUUUGAAAACUUGUUAAUUUUAAAAUCGACCCUUUCCCUCGCUUUUUCUUACUCUAUCUAUCUCUCUGCCAUUUAUAAAAAAAAGUAGCAGUAUCGCCCGGCGUUGCUCGGGUUUGUAAGGGAAAUAACUAUAAAGCAUUUUUAGAGAGUUA